AUGGCUACCUUGAGGAGCACCAGAAGUGGCGGUCUUAUUAUUGGAUCAGUGAUGUCAUUCAUAUUUUUUAGAAGACGUGUGUGGCCUGCAUGGAUGGGCUCUGGUUUCGGCGUUGGUGUUGCCUAUAGUACUUGUGAAAACAAUUUAAACUCUUUAAAGUAAAUAUAACGGCACCCUUGGUAUAUAUGUUAUCAUACACUCAGCAUAUUUGAAAAUAAAACUAGAAUUAUUAUCAGA